UUUUUAGAAAUUAUAUAUCCAGGACUAAUGGAAACCCAAACUGAGAAGAAAUUCGAAAUCAAGAAGUGGAAUGCAGUUGCACUUUGGGCAUGGGAUAUUCACGUUGAUAACUGUGCCAUUUGCAGAAAUCAUAUCAUGGAACUUUGUAUCGAGUGACAAGCAAAUCAAGGAGCUAGUAACAACGAAGAAUGUACAGUAGCAUGGGGAGUUUGUAAUCAUGCCUUCCAUUUCCACUGCAUUUCAAGAUGGCUGAAGACAAGGCAGGUAUGCCCACUGGACAACAAAGACUGGGAGUUCAAUAAAUAUGGAAGAUAAACUAAUUCCGAUUAUAUCAUAUUUAUUCUCUGU